AUGGCGCAGCAAAGAAAUCAAGCACCAGAGGUGAAACUCAACUGUUGGAUCUGUCUGGAUCUACUGAAGGAUCCGGUGACUAUUCCCUGUGGACACAACUACUGCAUGAGCUGUAUUAAAACCUUCUGGGAUGAAGGAGAUCAGAGAGGAACCUACAGCUGUCAUCGGUGCCGAAAGAAGUUCUCCCCGAGGCCUGUCCUGGUGAAAAGCACCAUGUUGGCAGAUUUAGUGGAGGAACUGAAGAAGACUGGACACCAAGCUGCUCCAGCUGAUCACUGCUAUGCCACACCUGGAGAUGUGGCCUGUGAUGUCUGCACUGGGAGGAAGCUGAAAGCCUUCAGGUCCUGUCUGGAUUGUCGGGUCUCUUACUGUGAGCAACACCUUCAGCCUCACUACCAAUCUCCUGCUUUUAAAAAACACAAACUUGUUGAAGUCUCCGGUAAUCUUCAGGAGAACAACUGCUCCCGUCAUGGUGAGGUGAUGAAGAUUUUCUGCCGCACUGAUCAGCAGUGUAUCUGUUAUCUCUGUUUAAUAGAUGAACAUAAAAGCCACGACACCGUCUCAGCUGCAGCAGAAAGGACUGAGAAGCAAAACAAGCUCGGUGAAAUUUGGCAAAACAUCCAGCAGAGAAUUCAAGAACGAGAGAAAGAUGUGAAGCUGCUUCAGAACGAGAUGGAAACUAUCAAUUACUCUGCAGAUAAAGCAGUGGAGGACAGUGAGAAGAUCUUUACUGAGUUGAUCCGUGUCAUAGAGAAAAGAAGCUCUGAGGUGAAGGAGCAGAUCAGAUCCCAACAGAAAACUGAAGUGAGUCGAGUCAAAGAGCUUCAGGAGAAGUUGGAUCAAGAAAAAGCUUACAUGAUGAUGAAAGAAGCUGAUCUAGAGGAGCUCUCACGCUCAGAGGAUCACACAAAGUUUCUUCAAAUUUUCCCCUCACUGUCAAUACUUACUGCAUCUACAUACUCACCACUACCAAAAACUAAUCGUCUACGGUACUACAAGGAUGUGAUGGCAGCUGUGACAGCAGCUAAAGAGAAAAUGCAGAACAUUCUUACUGAGAAACUGCCUUUAGCCGAGCCUACGACCAGAGCAGAGUUUUUACAAUAUUCAUGUCAAAUCACGAUGGAUCAAAACACAGCAGGCACAUGGCUGGUUUUAUCAGAUGAGAACAGAAAAAUAACAUUUGAUAAAAAAGCAAUACAUCCUAAACAUCCAGACAGAUUUGAGUACAGCCCUCAGGUCCUGAGUAAAGAGGGACUGACUGGACGUUGUUACUGGGAGAUGGAGAUAAGCAGGGAUGCUAAAGUAGCAGUCGCUUACAAGAGUAUUGACAGAUCAGGGGACUCUAAUGCAUGUUUCUUUGGACAGAAUAAGAAGUCCUGGGUAUUAGAAUGUGAAGAUAGUUAUACCGCAUUCAGGCAUGAUGGCGACCAAACAUUCAUCUCUGCUCUUAAAUCCUCCAGAGUAGGAGUGUACCUGGAUCACAGCGCAGGUACUCUGGCCUUCUUCAGCAUCUCUGAAAUUAUGACUCUCCUCCACAGAGUCCAGACCACAUUCACUGAGCUGCUCUAUGCUGGAGUUUACCUCAGUGGUUCUGAUGGAGACACUGUUGAGUUCGGUAGAGUCAUGCCGUCAUUAAAAAGGCAGAGGGUAGACUGAUAUCAAAGAAAUCUUGGAGCAGCAGGACGACAAAUCACUGAAAUGGUACCCUCCGAGGAGAUUCGGGGGGUCCAAAUUUGUACUGAGUUUAUUCUUCGUUACUGCAUUUAUGAUUUUCUAUUGUGUUUAUGGUUUUUGCAUUUUAUUUUUGAUGAGAGAAAAGUAUGAUAAAUCACGUGUAACCAUUCCUCCCAACAUUUACAUACACCAACACACUAGGGUGACUGGAGGAAAAGGCGAGUGAUGCGUUCACUACCUUCCAUGUCAAGGAGAAAAUGGUGGUUGGAAUACAAUAAGUACUAGUACAGAGCUAAUAUUACUGUAAUGAUUAACUCAUGUCCACUCUUAUGUUCCAAUAA